AUGUCUACAGUAAGGCGUGAACGGUCGAGGUUUCUGUGGGUGCAGCUGUCCCUGUGUCCAGUGAUUAUCGUGGUGGGGACAGUAAUGCGGAUAUUCAGCGAACCGAACAGUUGGAACGCCGACAAAGACAGCACGGUAAACAUAUGGUUCAUCAAGCAGGGCUGGGCGUGGACCUCUGCGGUUUGCUGGUGGUGCGUUGUGCGGUACAAAGGCCUUGGGGGGCGAAGCUUGCGGCAAACCGCGCUCCGGUACGUUGCGCUGACGGCGUGGUGGUAUGCGUUUACACAAGCCAUAUGGUUUGGAAUAGCGCCAAUAAUGGAUCAGGUAUUCACUUCAACGGGCGGCCACUGCAGCUUUGACGUGUUUGACACCGGCAUGGGCCUAAACUCGGGCUUCCAUGACUCUGAAGGGCGCCGCACGCGGUCACUACAAAAGCUACUGCAGUGGUUCACUGCGCAUGGGGCCCAGGGCGACGAGCUGCGCGAGCGCACAAUGUACUGGAUCCGGUGUAUGCUUACUGGGGGCCAGUGCGAGAACACCGGCCUUGAUCCUACAGAACUCAACUCUUAUAUCCAGGACUCAGUCACGGCGUCUGCAAUCCGCAGCAGCCACGCGUGCUCCAGGCUGGGUGGCCAUUGGAUGGGUGGGCACGACCCGAGUGGGCAUGUAUUCCUGAUAACGUUAAUGUGUAUGUUUAUGCUGGGCGAGCUGCAGGUAUUUGGCCGCCGCGCAAUCGGGAAGCUUUCUGCUGAUUGUCAACAGCUGCAGGGCGCUCCUGGUAAAAUUGUGGCACGCAUUUUGCAAGCAAGUCCGAUUAGAGAGCUAAUUAACUCUGAAGCCCCCCAACAUAUUUUAAGACGCCUUUUCGUUCAACUGCCACUAGAGAGUCUUGCGAUUCUGGUGAGCGCGGUUGUUUUUGGCUUUCGGUUCAUUGUGCUGGAAAACCCGAUUCUAUUGCUUGUCGGUCUUAUUCUGACAUGGACCUGGUCACUCCUGGUAACUAUACUCUCUUUCCAUUCGUUUGCGGAGCAUUUGACCGGUUUGCUCUUCGCAUACCUUCUAGUUUUGGCGUUAUACUGGUACAUAUAA